AUGGGUUCCUCUCUGCGGAUGAUUCCUCUGAUAUGGAAAUUUCCCAAGAGUAAUAUUUUCGAGUGUAUGGUGCUGCAUUACUUUUAUCUGAAGCUUAACGGUUAUGCUUGCUUCACCAUCGUGGGAGCAAUCGAGACGGGGAAAAUCCGAACGUCCAUCCUGGACCGGUUGGUGUUUCUGUUCCAUACGGCGUUGGCUUGCGGGUUGUUGCUGGCUAGCUUGCUGUUGGUUUCGGAAGCAUCGAAUAUGUCACCGUUAAUGAUCAUUGGAGGUAAACUGAUUUGGUUCACCUGCUAUAUUGCGACGGUGUUUGGCAUUGUGUGGAACUUUAUACAUCGCAGCAAAGUUUGGUCCCUUUAUACGAGCGUCUAUAAUGUAGAUCAACUGCUACUAUCACUUGGAGCUAAAAUGUAUUACACCGAAACGUACAUUGUUAUUAUCGGGUUCUCCUCGGUGGGAUUGGUCUUUUUGUGUGCACUAAACUAUAUGCAAUUCAAGGACGUGGAGUUCAAUAUGCUAACCUUUCUAACUUUGAGCUAUUCUAAUCUCAGUCUUACGAUGCUAAUAACCAUAUUCUGUAUUGCUGGAUGCUUAGUUUUGUUUCGACUGUGGGCACUCAACAAACUGCUGGGAAACAAUUUAGUUCAAUCGGAUAAAACAAAAAUUAUUCCAGUUUUAGAAAAGGAAUCGGUUCAAAGAGUUCAACAGUAUAUGCAAAUUUAUGAUCAACUGUGUGACCUGACAGACACCGUUAAUUUCUGUUACAGUGGACAGAUUAUGAUCGCCGUAGCCGGAUCGUUUGUUUUUCUACUUUUCUUUCUGUUCGGAGUUGUGCUUUUUAUAAAACGGAACGACGCAAUUUUGGAUUUUCCUACUUCGACCGUAAUGUGGAGUGUGUUUUAUGCCGUUAAUGUCAUGUUAGUGGUGUUCAUGGGCAGUUUCCUCAGCAGGGAGGGUAAAAUCACUAUCAAUUUAAUCGAUCAAGCUAUCAUUUCGUCAAAGAAUGCAGAAGUAACUGAGAUGCUGCAUCUAUUUUUGAUGCAACUGGGGCAUAGAUCACCGGCAUUAACAUGCGGAUUGUUUCCGUUCGAUUGGACACUCGUUUACUCGAUGAUGGCCUCUUCAACAACUUACCUGCUCAUAUUGAUCCAGUUCGAAAACUCACGUUGA